AUGUAGAGAAUAUUACCUUAUGCAUUUCAUGGAUUAGAUUAUUUAUAUGAGCCUCAAUUGGCAAGGUUUUAUAAUCUAAUACCUGCAUAUUAUACUUAAAAAUUAGGAGAAGGAUUCUUGAAUCAAACAUCUUAAGUUUAUACAUCAUUAUUACAAUCUAUUGCAGAAUAAGAUAAAGAGUAUUUGAAAUAAAUUCUAGAGCCUAAAUUAUAUCAUGCUACUUCACAUUGUAUGGAUUUAUUAGAAUAAAAACAGCUAAAGUUAUAAUAUAUUGAAUAGGAAGAAUUAGAAAAUCAAGAUAAGUAAGAAGAAGAAGAUGAACAAGAAACUUAAUAGCCAUAAUAGUAAUUUGGUUUCUUUUCAAAAAAAUUAUAAAAGAAUUUGUAUUAAUUUUCUUAUAUUCAAUAGAAGUAGCAAUGAAGCAUAUCAUAUUUAUUAAGAAAAAGAUUAUAAAUGUAAUAUAGAUGUAAAAGGCAUUUUUGGUGUAAAAAUUAAUAGAAUUGAAAAUGAAAAUACACGAUUUUUUUAAAUUCCUGCAUUCCCUAUCACACCAAGGUAUAUAUUAAUAAUAUAAAUAGGAAUUAUUUUGUAAAUCUAAAAAAUCCAUUCAGUCUUUAUGAAAACUAAAUUUUAGUUGCAAAUAUUUUAAUUCAUACAAGCAAAAAAUUAAUUGCAGUUGAUUAGGAUGGAAAAGUAGUUCAUGGCAAUUAUGAUAAUAAUUAAUUUUAAUAUCAUAAAUUAAGAUUAGAAUCUUAUGUACCAAAUUUUAAUUGGGUAAUUACUGAUAUAGAUGAUUAUCUAAAAGGAAAUCCUUAUUUUUGA